AGGGAUGUAGGCAAGUGCUCCUUCUCCCCUAUUUAUAGUGGCAUUGGUUUAGACUUUUGCAUUGUAUCCUUCAGUGUGCUCGCGAUAUGCAAUCGACACAGCCACCAUGCGAAUACGUCCUACCUUUCCUUUACAAGAAAUAGCAUUGAAUCGUCUGGGCAGCAAUUGAGUGUGAAACAUUGCUCAAUCCAAAGUGAGAGAGAUACCGGACUUUUGGAUAGGUGCUCUAUGUUGUCAUUGCAGAAGACGCUUACAAAAAUCCAGGAAUCGAUCGUUGCACUAAAGCAGUAUUUGAAACAGUCGACGGUUUGACAUCUUGUUCUUAACCGCCAGAUACAGAGCGCCAGGAGUCGAGAAGUUGUUCAAGGAGAAGAUCUUAUAGUUCAUAGGUCCAAGGAAACAAGUGGACUGGUCGAGUCCACAUUCGCGAAUCGGGUUUGAUGGACUAUAUCAUCCAACCGGCUAUUCUAAGCUACGAGCUACAGAUGGCACAAAACCCCGUCCGAGCAAGAAUGUGCGGGUUCGGUGAGAAGGACAGAAGACCCAUGGAUCCGCCUCCAAUAGUAAGGCUGAUUGUCAGAAACGAGGACGGAACAGUUGCAGACGUCAGCCAAAUGGAUGUCAAUUUUUACAUGGUCAUCGCGGAUAUCUACUCUGCCGAUCAAACAACACCAUGCACAUUGGUCACCAAUCCUGUUUCGACUGUGCAAACAGCCCAGUUGCCAGCAACUGGGCAGUCUUCAGGUGAAUCCAUCCUGAGCUUAGUCCCAUCUCAGCCCGUGGCAAGCCGCAACUUGACAGGAUCGACGGUAGCGUCUGGCAACCUGCUUACAAACCUGGAGGAUGAACCUGGCGUCUACUUUAUUUUUCAGGACAUCAGCGUGCGGAGCGAAGGCACCUAUACACUGAAGUUUUCUUUUACAUUACCGCCAACACCGGAUGGCCCACCCUCAGUAGUAAUGGCCGCCGUUUUUUCAGAACCAUUUACCAUUUACUCUGCCAAGCGUUUCCCGGGUAUGACUGAAUCUACUGCCCUCUCUAAAUGCUUUGCAAGGCAGGGUAUCAAAAUACCCAUUCGCAAGGAACCACGGGUCAGCAGAGUCAAGAAGCAAUCAGGACAUUCGGGCAGCAGUACAUCGAAGGCGUCAUCGCCCUCGUUUGGAGCCUCAGGCGAUCGUGAGCUGGUCUCAGAAAGCGAGGACGAAGAGGAAGACCAAGGAUAGAGCCUCACAAGACAGGUUAUCAAUCAGCGACAAGGGCAUUAGCUCAACAAUAAUAGACCAAUUCUUUCAAUUAUUCGAACGUG